CUUGUUCCCUCUCACUUCACAGACCCGCUGACAUCAUUUUCUGCUUUUCUCUCUCUAGAACUCGCUCCGUCACUCACCUCUCUCUCUCUCUAAAACUCGUUCUCCGAACUCAGUCAAAAUGCGUGAGAUUCUUCACAUCCAGGGAGGACAAUGCGGGAACCAGAUCGGAGCAAAGUUCUGGGAGGUGGUGUGCGCGGAGCACGGGAUCGACUCCACCGGAAGGUACCAGGGGAACACUGACAUGCAACUCGAGCGAGUCAAUGUCUACUACAAUGAAGCGAGUUGCGGGAGGUUUGUACCUAGGGCGGUGCUCAUGGAUCUGGAGCCUGGCACCAUGGACAGUGUCAGAUCUGGUCCAUACGGCCAGAUUUUCCGGCCGGAUAACUUUGUUUUCGGACAGUCCGGCGCCGGAAACAACUGGGCUAAGGGUCACUACACCGAGGGGGCUGAGUUGAUUGACUCGGUCCUCGAUGUGGUCAGAAAGGAGGCUGAGAACUGUGAUUGCCUUCAAGGGUUUCAGGUUUGCCACUCUCUUGGUGGUGGAACUGGUUCCGGAAUGGGAACACUUUUGAUUUCCAAGAUCAGAGAAGAGUACCCUGAUCGAAUGAUGCUCACUUUCUCUGUGUUCCCAUCGCCUAAGGUAUCUGACACUGUUGUUGAGCCUUACAAUGCCACACUCUCUGUGCACCAGCUUGUUGAGAACGCUGAUGAAUGCAUGGUGUUGGAUAAUGAAGCUCUUUAUGAUAUCUGCUUCCGAACCCUUAAGCUCACUACUCCAAGCUUUGGAGAUUUGAACCAUCUCAUUUCAGCCACCAUGAGUGGUGUGACAUGCUGUCUUCGAUUCCCUGGUCAACUCAAUUCUGAUCUGCGGAAGCUGGCCGUGAAUCUCAUUCCCUUCCCUCGUCUGCAUUUCUUCAUGGUGGGAUUUGCCCCACUCACAUCACGUGGAUCACAGCAGUACAGGGCCCUCACUGUGCCUGAGUUGACCCAACAAAUGUGGGAUGCCAAGAACAUGAUGUGCGCAGCUGAUCCUCGACACGGUCGUUACUUGACAGCUUCUGCCAUGUUCCGUGGGAAGAUGAGCACCAAGGAGGUUGAUGAGCAGAUGAUCAAUGUCCAGAACAAGAAUUCCUCCUACUUUGUCGAGUGGAUCCCCAACAAUGUUAAGUCCACUGUCUGUGACAUCCCUCCAACUGGUCUCAAAAUGGCUUCCACCUUCAUUGGCAACUCCACAUCCAUUCAAGAGAUGUUCCGGAGGGUGAGUGAGCAGUUCACAGCUAUGUUCCGCAGGAAGGCUUUCUUGCAUUGGUACACCGGAGAGGGUAUGGAUGAGAUGGAGUUCACUGAGGCAGAGAGCAACAUGAACGACCUUGUCUCGGAGUACCAGCAGUACCAGGAUGCAACUGCAGAUGAUGAGGGGUAUGACUAUGAAGAUGAGGAUGAAGUUCAGGAGGAGGAUUCUUAGUUGUAAUGUUUUGAAUGGUGUUUUUGUCUGUGUGUGUGUUAUGAUGAGACUUUUGCCAUAUGUUGUCUUUUUCUCCCUCAACCUGAAUACCUUUUUCAGGGGGUUUCUGAUAUGUUAGUUUGUAGGGUGGGUCUUUAUUUUUCUGCAUGUUUCUGUUAUAAUUGUUAAGAUGAUGAUGCAGUUUUAAUUUCUGGAUUGACCUAGAUAUUAAAAUGAUGACUUGGAUAUAUUCAGCUCUUGGAUUGAA